CGCAUCAUGAAGUUUAUAAAUAGCAGUCCAGCUCCAGGCUGCUCACAACAGAGAAAAAACACAGUUUCGUUUCUGAUGAAACCUUCAUCACCUGUAUGCUGCUCACAACAGAGUAAACACAGCAGAGAAAAACAUGGAUCCUUUGACCGGUGCAGCAGUAGUAGGAGGUGCAGUAGGGGCUGUGGUGGCGGCCCCUGUGGUUCUUGGGGCCGCAGGUUUCACCGCAGCUGGAGUGGCAGCAGGCUCAGUGGCUGCUAAAGUUAUGUCUGUUGCUGCAGUGGCUAACGGGGGUGCAGUGGCAGCAGGAGGUGCAGUGGCUGCUCUUCAAUCCGCAGGUGCGGCUGGUUUGUCAAUGGCCGCCACUGCAGCUGUGGCAGGUGUUGGAGCAGCUGGGGGGUUUGUGGCCCGCCUCUUUUUCUGAAUAAUCAACAAUUGGUUAUCCUGUUAAUCUGAUGAAGCAAGUGACGAAACAGCAUGUUUAUGUUGUGAUAUGUUUGGAAAGUUGUCUGGUUUGCAGUCACCUGACAUGAUGGUUCAUUCUUUGAAUCUUACAUCUCCGAAAAUAAAAGCAACCGAGUUAAAUCACA